AUGAAUUAACAAGUUUAUUAUUUUAUUAGGAUUAAAAUAAGAAGAAAAGUCAAUUCUUAGAUUGUAAUCAACCAGGAUGUUCUAAUAGAUUAAAAAUUGCUCAUAGAGAUUACUCCAUUAUAGACCCAACUUUAGAAUAAAAUAAUUAAACAUAAUAAGAUGUUGCUUAGAAAAAACUUAUUGAGGACAAAGAAAAAAUUUUGGAUAUUCAAACAUUAUUUUCUUGAAUUUGUGGAGACAUUGAUUUAUCAAAUGCAAUAAAAAAAAGUAAUCCAAGUUAAUACAAAUUUUAAUAUAAUUUUAAUACUCAAUAAUUUGAAGAAGAUGUUAGAAUAAUAAAUAAUAGAAUUGUUGAUCCUUACAUAGAGAAAUAUUAUAAUAGCAAAGAAGAUUUAUAAUAAAGACUCAGUUUUGAAGAUUUUUAAUUUUCAGUAUAAUAAUAGGCAACAUAGGGGAUUUAGGGAGAUUUAUUAUUAACUGAUAAAACAUUAGGCACAAAAUAGCCUUAUAUAGAUAUAGAAAUUAUAGUGUUAAGAUGGAACAUCGGUUUACUAAAAUGACCAUUGA